CAUUAAAGAGAAUGAGAACAUUUUAGAAACUUGAAUAAUGUUUACUAACUAUAAUAACCAACAGGUAAAAUGCAAUAAAACAAAUUUUCAUGAUCAUGUGAAUAGCACAUCUGUAGAAGAACUGUUGUAAAUGAGCAACUAAACCUAAGAAGACAAUAUGAAACCUGACUGCUACAUGAAGGAAAGGGAUCUUGCUGCAUGCUUUUUGCAACCUUUUUGAUUAAAGUUUAAAAUAGCAAGAAGGAGAAGAGAGAAAUGGACUUACCCAAACCUCUGUGUCCCUGUGUAGAGGAGCAAGCGUUGAAACAGCCAUUGGAAUAAGCCUGCGAUAGUAAAAAGACUGAAUAUACGACUGUCUGGAAUAAGUAUUGGAAAAACACUUUACAACCUUCACACACACAGACGUGUCUUUACACUGUUAGAGGUCUCACAUGUGUUCAUUAACAACAUUAAGAAUUAUAAUGCAUGUAUUUACAUGUGAGGCACUUAAGAAAGGACAGAGUCCAGCAGUGCACCUGAGGAGCAGAGGGGUGAUAUGUCUUCUACCAUCCCUCUCCAGGUAAACUGAAACCAGACACCUGGUUGUUACCAUGACACUGCUGCCGAAAAGCAAAGGUUGAUGGGAGUUUUAGAGGAUUAGGGAGGCCCAGCCGCAGGCAGUCCGUCUUACCUCAGGUACUAUGUUUCUUCCUUGUGCUUUCUAGGAAACGUUUGCCUCUGUGUAGGAAAGGAGUCCUGCAUUGGAAUAUCUUCCUCAUGUCUCUCGUCCCUUGCCUCUGUGGUGUUGAAGAGAGUGAGGUGGCAAGUAAAAGUAUCAGGUGUGAAAUAUUGAUGGGGCGACAGGUGUGAUCCUAAACACCGGCAGGUCUUUGGCCUUCUGAUCGAUGCAUGACACGGCGAGGGGCUGCCAGCACGGGCCGCCACAGGCUGAACCACGGACCUCAGCACUGAUUCACAGAGCCCCACUCCUCCUGGGGUAGGAGGAGGAGAAGGAGUGGCUGGUGGUGGCGAGCGGGCAGAGGGCGGUCAGGGCAACCGGCCGGUCGUCCAGGAGCUGUGGUUCAUCGUCGUGAUGGCAGCCAUCGCCCUCCUCCUGCUGGCCGUCGUGCUGGGUGUCAUUCUUCAUAAGGCCCUAAACAAACCCCCCUUCCCGCGAGAGAGACCCCCUCUGGUGGCCCUGCCCAUGCAGAAGAGGAACCCCAUGGCUGUUUACCCAGCCAGCAACUCUGUCUUGUUCGACACCAUGCCUGACAGAACAGGCUUCUCCAACAGUGUCACACUCAAGGGCUUCACCAUGAAGAUGGAGGAAGUGUUGGAGGCUAAGUGUGAGCCCUCUGACGACGCCGCUCCUCAGGGCGAGCUCGAGAUCCUCAGCGUGAACUCUCUGAGACGCAGCGUCAGCCAGGUGAUGGACGGCAAGUCGCUCACAGACGAUGGAACGUGGGACCCAAACAUCUCAGGCCAUGACAGUGGGAUGUUUAUGGAAGAUGAGGAGUUUGUCGACACCGUCAAAGGCUUCAGCACCGUGAGGAAGGAGCACACCAUGUUCACUGACACCAACCUGUGACCUGAGGACGUCCUUUGACCCUCACAGGAAAACACGGUCACAGGGUCACAUUAAAUCCACCCGGUUUUGUCUCCAACCCGGAGUUUAAAGUGUCAGAGGUCACAACUGAGCGGAACUGAUAAAUGAAGGAAGAGGAAGUCGACAUUAUCCGUGAUGACACUGUUGGAAUAACUGCGGCAACUCAGUGAGAAACGUUAAAACGGUGCUGAUGUUUUAACACAACGGGACAAAAAAACAUUUCUAUCGAGCGGAAAGAGGAAGAACCUGCUUUUGUGGAAAAAAUAGCUUGAAAUUUGUAUUUCUUGUCAUUGAAUAGAGACUGAACACAAACAGAAAGACAAAACAAACCCAAGAUAUAGUGGAAGA